CCAGGAAUGAGUACAAGCACUUCCAAAGGAUGACCAGCACGUCCCACGUGCAAGGUAAACAGAAUGCACUGAUAAUGGGUAAAAAAACCUGGUUCUCCAUUCCUGAGAAGAAUCGUCCUUUAAAAGACAGAAUUAAUAUAGUUCUCAGCAGGGAGCUCAGGGAAACCCCAAAAGGAGCACAUUAUCUUUCCAAAAGUCUGGAUGAUGCUUUAGCUCUUCUGGAUUCACCAGCGUUACAAAGUAAAGUAGACAUGGUUUGGAUCGUUGGAGGCACUUCAGUUUACAAGGCAGCAAUGGAGAAGCCAAUUAACCAUCGAUUGUUUGUGACAAGAAUUUUGCAGGAGUUUGAAAGUGACACAUUUUUUCCAGAAAUUGACAAAGACUACAAACUUCUCACUGAAUACCCAGGUGUCCCUGCUGAUAUCCAAGAAGAGAAUGGCAUCCAGUACAAAUUUGAAGUGUAUGAAAAAGCUGUCUCGGCACAAUAAAUAAGGCUUUCUAUACUUCUGUAUAAGGUUAGGCAUUUUAAAA